CGGUCCACUGAAAAGAUUUCACGCGUUCGAUUAACAACCCGGUCCACCCGAUUUCACAACCGGCUAAACCCUCACAAACCAAAAAGACCUAACCGCAUCGCCGCCACUCCUCCUCCCGAAACCCUAACCUUUACCGGAAAAAAACCGCCAUCAUCACCACCAAUCAACAUUCAACUCAUGGCCUUUAGCUCCAUCACUCAAACCCUAGCUCCAAACAACGCCGAAGACCUCUGUUCCGAGACAACAGAAUCCUUUACACCCCCCGAAACCUCACCGUUAGCCACUCCGAAACCCUACGUGACCGCCGAUGCCAGAAUUGAGAGAGCGUGGACACACUGGAAGAAUCUCGGUGAACCUAAGCUAAUUGUAGCACCGAUGGUGGAUAAUUCGGAGCUUCCGUUUCGAUUGUUGUGUCGGAAAUACGGUGCUGAAGCUGCUUACACACCUAUGCUUCACUCUCGUAUUUUUACUGAGAACGAGAAGUAUCGGUGUACGGAAUUUACUACGUGUAAGGAAGAUCGGCCGUUGUUUGUUCAGUUUUGUGCUAAUGAUCCGGAUACUUUACUGGAAGCAGCACGCAGGGUGGAACCGUAUUGCGAUUAUGUUGAUAUUAAUUUGGGGUGCCCACAGCGUAUUGCCAAACGAGGAAACUAUGGAGCUUUUUUAAUGGACAAGUUGCCUCUGGUGAAGUCGUUGGUUGAAAAAUUAGCUCAAAACCUCGAUGUUCCCGUGUCUUGCAAAAUCCGGGUUUUCCCAGAUUUGCAAGACACUUUAAAUUAUGCAAAGAUGUUAGAAGAUGCGGGAUGUGCGCUUCUUGCAGUACAUGGACGCACACGAGAUGAAAAGGACGGGAAAAAGAUUAGGGCAAAUUGGGAGGCAAUACGGGCUGUUAAAAACGCUCUUCGGAUACCAGUUCUUGCAAAUGGGAAUAUACGCCACAUGGAUGAUGUGAAACGUUGCUUAGAAGAGACGGGUGCUGAUGGGGUACUUUCAGCUGAGACUCUUCUUGAAAAUCCCGCUCUGUUUGCUGGAUUUAGGACAGUUGAAUGGGUAUCUGAUGGUGAAGAGGGCGUUCAAGAUGGUAAACUAGAUCAAGCUGACUUAGUUGUUGAGUAUCUGAAGCUUUGUGAAAAAUACCCGGUGCCAUGGAGAAUGAUUCGGGCUCAUCUUCACAAGAUGUUAGGGGAAUGGUUUAGGGUUCAUCCGCAUGUUAGAGAUGAUUUUAAUGCACAGUCCAUACUCACCUUCGAGUUCCUUUAUGAUAUGGUCAAUCGGCUUAGAGAUCUUGGUGUUUCAAGUCCUCUUUAUGUCAACAACACUUGACCCAACCCAUGGGCGGAUCUAGCAUAGGUUGAGGGGUAGCCUGCGCUCCGCUGCGCUAACCCUCAACUUUCUUGUCGAAAUACAUUUUUUGUGCGAAAAAGAAAAAGAAAAUUCUUCUUCAUUUUAGGUAUCGGCUACUCCUGAACAAAAAUUAUUUUAGCCCGCGCUACCCCUUAACUUUUCUUCUAGAUCUGCCACUGAGUCCUGACCUGAAGGCGUAUCUGCAAACAAGGUCUCGUAUGAUUUUAAUGUCUUAACGGGUCAGAUAUUUAUUAUAGUCUUGCUAUUAAUACACAUUUAGCAUCAUUGAAAAAAAUGUAAAAUGAUUGUUUUUAUGUUAUAAUACAAUUACUCCCGAUUAUCCUAAA